AUGAAUCAGCUGCAAGCACUACCUGGUGGCUUUGGUGCAGCACUGAGUGGAGCAGAGGUGAGCCUAUACGGUAACCCUUUAGUGCAGCCUCCAUUCGAGGUGUGUAGUCAGGGCAUUCAGGCCAUUGCAGAUUACCAAGACCAGCUCAGCAAAGACUCAGCAGCUGUGGAAGACACGGUCGACCCCUGCCUUAAGAUGUUGAUCAUUGGCGAGACCUGUGCUGGUAAGACAAGUCUGAAGAAAGCUUUGGUUCUGAACAAGUUUCAACUUGUAGAUGUGCUGAGCAGGACACAUGGCAUCGAAAUCACACCCUGGGACACGGGUAGUGAGAUCAAAAUCAACAUUUAUGACUUUGGCGGUCAUGAGGCAUAUUUCCUGACCCAUCAGUUGUUCCUGACACACAGUGCACUCCACCUUUUGGUGGUUAAUCUCAGUGGCUAUCAUGAAAGCAGGUUUUACACAGAGAUUGGGAGGUGGCUGGAUAUGCUUGCAGUACGUGUGCCUGGGGCCAUUGUGAGAAUCGUCGGAACUCACAUUGACAAGAUGUCAUUAGAGGAAGUGGAUACAAAGUCUUCUCUGAUCAGUGAUCAGAUAGCAGCUUACCAAGAUAACAGAGAUGCCACUGUACAGGAAAAAAUAGACAAACUUGAGCACAGUAUGGCCUCCCCAGAUGUGAUGAGCUCCUACAGUAUGAAAACAAUGUUUCAGGAACUGAAUGAAAGGCUGGACAAGGCAAAGAAAGCAGCCCAUCAGAAGCUCUGUAUUGGACAAACCGUGAUUCCUGUGAGUUCUGCCUCAGGACUAGACGGCAUUCAAGCCUUGAGAGAAGAGAUUGUUAGCAUGGCAUGUACUGGCCAGUACUUCCCAGACCUGAGAAGGAAGCUACCCCGCAGCUGGAUUAUUCUGGAGAGGUUACUCAGUGCAAAGCGUGAUGAGGCAAACUGUCCGCUGUACAUAACACUAGAGAACUGCAUGCAGAUGGGAAACAGUGAAGGUCUAUCAAUCGAGUCCUCCCUAAUCAAUUCUUUGCACUACCUUCACAGAACUGGAGCUGUCCUUUACUACGAAGCCUUGCCUAAGUUUGUCUUCCCUAACCCAACCCAACUCAUUGACAUCUUCAAAGUCCUCCUCAAAGACCAUGCUGAGAUGGAGGCAGAAUUCUUAAAGGUACCGAGGAGCAGAGUGAGGAAGGGCUGGAUCUCUUACUGA